CGAGCAGUCCUCGACAAAACGCAGAAAAAGACAAGAAACACCACCUCAAGAAGUCAGAUUUCAUAACAAAAGUCAAGACUUUAGAUAUGUCUUUGAAUGCGACAUCGUCACACGUGGUAUAAGCAAACACUUUUAAGUGAAAAGAUCUCAGUUUCACACAAAAAAAAGUUCUCGUUUCUGGGUUUUGUUUCAUUUUCUCGGUUGAGGUCAGAUUCUUGAUUUUUGUUGUCAUCUUCGAAUUUGGCUUGGCUAAAAAAAUAUUAGUGUCACUGGCUUGCUUUUGAUCUAGGGUGUCAAUUGCGAACAGGCUAUUGAACUUUUUUGGCUGAAAUUAUCUCAAGAAGCUCUGAAGGUUAAUAACUAUAAUACUAGAAGAUCGAACUCACACUUCUGAUUGAACGGAUAUAGAAACAUGGUUCAGAAACUAGAAGCUAUCAAAGGGGGUGGAGGAUCUAUCAGGGUGGGUACCACUGGAACCAUUGGUGAUCUGAUGACAAGGGAGAUGGAAUCAAUAAAACCAUCCCCACAAGCAUCAGCAUCUGGUCAAGGUAAGCCUAGAACUUUUCCUGUUUCGAUGCCCUGUAGUGCUACUACUCCUAGAAAACUACAAGCAAGAAAAUCAUUAGAUGAAGCAAGCAGCAGUGGCUGUCGCAGCGGCAUUGGUCAUAGAAGCCCUGAAACUACUCGGAAAGUGAAAAGCUUCAAUAAAAGCACCCAUCGAAUGCCAAUGCUUGGCUCUGAUAAUAGUACUUUGGAUAGAACUCCUAGUAGGGAGAAAUCUGACAAGAAAGCAACUCAUAUUGUGGAAAUUGUGGACAUAAAAUGUGGUAACCCAGAUAGAGCAUGGGCUAACCCUAUAACAAAUAAACUGAAGAAGCUUGGUUUCUCAAAGCUAUCUGAGAGCAUUGACUAAGCUUGCAACUUCUUGACAUCAGAUUUCAGGUUUCUAUAACUGAAUCUUGAAAUCGCAUUUGGCCGACUGCUAUCAGACACUUCGACCAUAGAACAAAUUCUCGGUAGACGCCUGCUGCCUCCUUUCAUUUUCUUUUUCGGGGUUGUUAUUACAGAUCCAAGAGUGGUUUUGAAUUGAUUACUAGUUGAAGCCAGGGAAGUAACAUGAGGCUGGGGCUUCUUUGAGCUUUCUCGGCAGCUUAUUUCAAGCUGGCUGAAGUACUUGAUUUCUUGCAUUACGAGGGACCCAACAGUGCCUCUAGUGCCUAUUUGUACUGGGUUUUGUGCAGCCAUGUCUUCGGAGACUCUUGUGGGAAUGAUGCUGGAUUUAUGCAUGUUGUGUUUGUUCAGUUGAAGGAGGCUUGCAGAUGAAGAGAGUUGGUUGAUGGUCUCUGUCUUGGUGGGCAAAUUGCUUUGAGACCGUGCCAUCUAGUGAUUGCCCUUAUACUCGGUGUUAUCACUUGAAUUCUUCUUUAUCUGAAGUGAACAGCAUUACAUUUUAUAGAUUAGAUGGUGACAUUGUCAUUGUAUUCAUGUGCUUGCAGUUAAAACAUUUAAUUUGCUAACCACUGUACUUUUUUUUUUA